AUGGUAACGUUGGAAAUAGGGGGAACAGAUGUUGAAUUUCUUGUAGACACUGGAGCGGCCCAUUCAGUCCUCAAAGCUCCCCUCGGGGCACUUUCUUCCAUGAAAUCCACUAUUACUGGGGCCACCGGACAGCCUGCCUCUUAUCCUUGGACAACAUCACGAACCGUAAACCUGGGAAAAGGUACUGUGACCCACUCUUUUUUGGUUAUUCCUGAGUGCCCCUAUCCUUUGCUGGGAAGAGAUCUGCUGAGAAAAUUAGGAGCUGUCAUUUCUUUCAAUCAUGAAGAGGGAAAUUUAGAACUCAAGUCGCCACCCACUAUCAUGGUAACAGUCCCUUUAGAGGAAGAAUUCAAACUAAUUGGAGAAGAGGGAAAAUCUCCAGAACAAAAAUGGAACUAUCUGCGGGAAAAGUUUCCCCAGGUGUGGGCUGAAACAAACUUGCCAGGGCUAGCAAAGCACCAAGUCCCGAUAGUAGUUCAAGUGAGGGCAACUGCCUCCCCUGUGCGAGUGCGACAAUACCCUCUCCGUCUGGAGGCUAAGAUAAAGAUAUCCCAACACAUACACUGACUUCUGAAAGCUGGGAUAUUGAUUCCAUGUCAGUCAGCCUGGAACACACCGUUACUGCCUGUAAGAAAGCCUGGAACUUCAGACUACAGGCCGGUACAGGACUUGCGGGAGGUAAACAGCCGGGUAGAGACCAUUCACCCAACGGUACCUAACCCUUACACCCUGUUGAGCCUCAUCCCGCCUGUGCAUAUAUGGUACUCAGUCCUCGAUCUCAAAGAUGCAUUUUUCAGCCUGCCCCUGGCUCCAGUGAGCCAACCACUCUUUGCCUUUGAGUGGACCGACCCGGACACUGGGACUACUGGACAAUUGACAUGGACUCGGUUGCCACAAGGCUUCAAGAACUCCCCUACACUGUUUGGGGAAGCUCUGAGCAAGGACCUACAAGAGGUAAGAGAGGCUUUUCCCUUUGCAACUAUUCUCCAGUAUGUAGAUGACCUCUUGGUGGCGACCUCAACCGAGAAAGAAUGUCUCACGGACACUGAAGGCCUCUUGGAAGCUCUACAAGAUCUGGGAUAUCGAGUGUCCUGGAAGAAAGCCCAGCUCUGCCAGACCAAGGUAACUUACUUGGGUUAUAUUCUUGAAAAAGGAGAACGAAAGUUAGCUGAAUCCAGGGUGUCAGCGAUCCUUCAGAUUCCCGUGCCCUGCUCAAAGAAGCAGGUGCGCGAGUUCCUGGGGGCCAUAGGAUAUUGCAGAAUCUGGAUACCUAGCUUUGCUGAAAUUGCCAGACCCCUGCAUGAGGCUACAGCAGGGGGAAAUACACCCCUCCAGUGGACAGAGGCUUGCCAGCAGGCAUUCCAAACACUCAAGACUGCGCUCACCACAGCGCCAGCUUUAGCCCUGCCUGACUUAACUAAACCUUUCACCUUAUAUGUGGCAGAGAAAAACGGGGUGGCAAAAGGAGUGGUCACGCAACCUUUGGGGCCCUGGAAACGGCCUAUAGCUUAUCUGUCCAAAAGACUCGACACAGUGGCCAGAGGGUGGCCAUCGUGCUUAAGGAUGAUAGCCGCGGCUGCCACCUUAACUCGGGAAGCUGAUAAAUUGACUUUUGGCCAGGAUCUAACACUGAUUACUCCGCAUGCCAUUGAGCCCCUGUUGCACAGCUCGCCUAGUAGAUGGCUGUCCAAUGCUAGACUGUUGCAGUACCAGGGACUUUUAAUAGAACAGCCACGUAUUAAAUUUGCCACAACAUCUAAUCUAAAUCCUGCUAGUCUGCUCCCUGAGUCAGAUGACCAACUGCCCAUUCACGACUGCCUUGAGACUCUAGAGAAUUUGCGGGGAGGCCGUCCAGAUCUGACAGACCUGGCCCUGCCCCAGCCUGAGGCAACCUACUACACGGAUGGGUGCAGUUUCGUACGUGAAGGAGUACGAUAUGCCGGAGCAGCGAUAGUGGAUCAAAAUCAGCAGAUGGUAUGGGAACAGGGGCUACCUCAAGGGACAUCAGCUCAGAAGGCUGAACUGAUUGCUUUAACUAAGGCUCUGGAAUUAGGAAAAGGAAAAAGAAUAAAUAUUUUUACUGAUAGCCGUUAUGCUUUUGCUACUGCCCAUGUGCAUGGACAGAUUUACCAGAAUAGAGGGCUCUUAACAUCCAGUGGAAAAGAGAUUAAAAACAAAACUGAAAUACUGGCCCUAUUGCAAGCCAUCUGGCUGCCGAGGGAGGUUGCUAUCAUCCAUUGUCCAGGACAUCAAAGGAAUUCCAGUCCCGAAGCAAUCGGGAACAAUGCGGCUGACCGAGCAGCAAAGCAAGCCGCCCAAAAAUCAGUGGGGAAAGAACUGGUGCUGCUGCCUACGCCUGUGCUCCCAGAAAGACCCGAGUACACAGAAGAAGAAAUAACAGAAAUGAACAAGAACCACUGGACAAGAGGGAAGCACGGAUGGUGGACAACGAAAGAAGGGAAAGUUGUCUUGCCAGCAGCAAUAGCCGACACUUUGCUGAACGAGCUCCAUGCAGCCACACAUCUGGGAGACAAAAGAAUGAUGGCCCUCCUGCAGCCCCACUUUGUCAGCAGAGGACUAGCCCAGAAGGCCCGAGACAGGGUGAGACGAUGCCCCACCUGCCUCAAGGUAAACGCGAAUCGGGUAACAGGGCCCCCAGGGGUCCGAUAUAGAGGGCUGACUCCAGGAGAACAUUGGGAAUUGGACUUUACUGAAAUGAAAUUAGGCAUGUAUGGCUAUAAAUAUCUUCUAGUAUUUAUAGAUACAUUUUCAGGAUGGGUAGAAGCUUACCCCACUAAAAAGGAGACAGCUGAGGUAACAGUAAAGAAACUCUUGACUGAAAUAGUUCCUCGAUUUGGCCUGCCCUUAGCCCUGGGGUCCGACAAUGGCCCAGCCUUCACGGCUAAAGUUUCUAAACUAAUUAGCCGUAGUGUUGGAAUUGAAUGGAAAUUACAUUGUGCUUAUAGGCCUCAGAGUUCAGGACAGGUAGAAAGGGCUAACCGAACACUAAAGGAGAUUUUAACCAAAUUGAGCCUGGAGACUGAAUUAAAUUGGGUCGAGCUUCUCCCUUUCGCUCUGUUGCGUGUUCGAUGUACUCCCAAGCCUCCUCUGAACAUGACACCCUUCCAAAUCAUCUAUGGGCGUCCUCCUCCACUGGUUCCCCAUAUAGAUAUAGAAUUGAAAGAAAAAUUUUCCCAUCUGAGGCUGCUUAAGUCCCUGAGGGCUCUGCAUGAAAUACAGUCUCAGUUGCAAGAACGAGUCAGGGAGUCUGUGACGCUCCCAUCUGAGAAACUUCUACAGCCACUGCCCUAUAAGCCGGGAGAAUUGGUUUAUAUUCGCAGGUUCGAUUCCAAGACAUUAGAGCCACGAUGGAAGGGGCCUUUUCCAGUCAUCCUGUCUACCCCCUUGGCUGUGAAGGUCGCUGGACACCCGACGUGGAUACACCGAAGCCACCUCAAGCCCGGGACGAACGACAACCCAGAGACGCCCGAAAGAUGGAGAGUUAUCAGCAAGCCCAGAGAACUGAAAGUAAAACUUCAAUCAGCUGGACCUGCCUCAUCAUCAUCUGGGUGAUUUUCCCUGGGACU